AUGAUAACUGCUUAUUUUAGUUCAGGAAGGCUAGCUGAAGCAAGAAAGCUCCUGCUCACCUCUGGUUCUGUGGUCACGCUGAGAAGAAGAAGGGAUGAAGACGAUGAUGAUGAAGGGACGCUGGAGAUGAUGAUGAAGAGUGUGUCGCUCGCCGCCCCUCCUCGCUUGCGUCUGUGUCUACCCCUCCUGCUCCCCUCUGGUUCUGUGGUCACGCUGAGAAGAAGAAGGGAUGAAGACGAUGAUGAUGAAGGGACGCUGGAGAUGAUGAUGAAGAGUGUGUCGCUCGCCGCCCCUCCUCGCUUGCGUCUGUGUCUACCCGUUCGUUGCCGCCGCUCAGCUCUGUUCCGUCUUUCUCCUUCGGCGUCUCUCCUUUUUGAUUUGUUCCAGCAAAUGAGGUUGGAGGGUCAAAACCCCAGCCAAUACACUUUAGCAAGUACACUAAGGGUAUGUUCAAUGUUAGGACUGAUCCAAAGUGGGGAAUUGACCCAUGGGUAUGUGUUAAAGUCUGGAUUAGAAUCUAAUGUCUGUGUUUUGACUAGUCUCGUUGAUGUCUAUGCUGAGUGCACGCGCAAAUCACAAGCAAAAUAUCUCUUCAAGUUCUUGCCUAACAGUAGAGAAAAUCAUGUUCUCUGGACAUCUAUGCUUAGUGGUUAUGCUCAUAAUGGAGAUGGUCACAAGGCAAUCGAGUUUUUCUGUGAUAUGCACAAAGAAGGGGUUGAAUUGAAUCGUUUUACAUUUCCAAGCAUAUUGACAGCAUGUUCUGCUGUUUCAUCUCGAUGUUUUGCCGAACAGGUGCGUGGUUGCAUUGUUCAGAUUUGGGACUAG